AUGAAGGCAUGUGUGCUUCUCUCCCUCCUCAGCUGCCUAGUGGCGCCAAGUGGCGCUGCUGUCAUGGGGCGCUGCACAGUGGCUAAGAAACUCUACGAUGGAGGGCUGCACUAUUUUGAGGGCUACAGACUGGAAAACUGGGUGUGCCUGGCUUAUUUCGAGAGCAAGUUCAACCCCACUGCUGUCUACGACAACAUGCACGGCGACUUCACUGGCUUCGGCCUCUUUCAGAUCCGCAACAAUGACUGGUGUGACCACGGCAAGAACUUGUGCCACAUGUCAUGUGCCGAUUUACUGAAUCCAGACUUAAAGAAGACAAUUGAAUGCGCCAAGAAAAUUGUGAAAGGAAAGGAUGGGAUGGGAGCAUGGCCCUCCUGGUCCUUGCAUUGCCAGUACGCAGACACCCUGGCGCGGUGGCUGGACGGGUGCAAGCUGUAG